CUCGAGUGAAGAUGAUCCGCCGUGUGCUAGCUCAGAGGAAAUUCAGCUCGGCUCCAGGUCAGAUGUACGGCACAAAAGCGACAGAUAGGCGGGCGCUGCUAACGAAAAGUACAGCGAGUGCGGGGGGAUCUUUUGCUCACGAUUUGCCAAUUGUUUCCGUGAGAGGAAUUCGAGCAGUUCAUGACACCCAGAAAGUUCCAGGAUACAGGCCCACAAAGUUUGACAGAAAGAUUCUUCUCUGGUCUGGUCGCUUCAAGAAUGAGGAGGACAUCCCUGGCAUUGUGUCGUUUGAAAUGCUGAACGCAGCAAGAAACAGGGCACGAGUCAAAACCUGCUACAUAAUGAUUGGCUUGACUAUUGCAGCUUGUUUCGUUAUGAUUGCAUCUGGAAAACAGGCUGCUGAACGACAUGAAUCGCUUGCCAGCUGGAAUCGAGCAAAAAAGGCGAAAUGGAAAGAAGAAGCUGAACGUGAGCAGACAGCUGCAUUGGCUAUUACUGAUACAAAAGAGUGAUCAUUUCAUUAAAAUGAAACUGUACGACUAAA